AUUCUAGGAUGCGGGCGUCCACCGCUUGCCUCGUCGCGCUUCUCGCGCCCUUUUAUAUUUCCGCUUUGCCAGUUGAAUAUUUCUACGGGGAUGAACAACAGCCAAUUGAGGAGGGAGCCGAGAACAGUGCAGUAUUUGAACAAGAUAGGGAGCUGAUUGGACUAUUCAACCCCAGCAAAGAAAUCGGUCAAGUGAGCGGUUUGGCAGUGAACAAAAAUGGACAUAUCGUUGCAUUCCAUAGAUCAGGUCGUGUUUGGGAUGAGAAGAGCUUCAAUGAUCACGAGACAUUCAAUAAGGAUUUGGGAGUGAUUAAUAACAAGACCAUCGCAAUUAUUUCAAGAGAAAAGAAAGUGAUUGAUGAGUUCGGAGCAGGGCUCUUCUACAUGCCACAUGGUCUGACAAUUGACAAUAAUGGUGAUUAUUGGGUGACUGAUGUUGGAAGUCAUCAAGUACAUAAAAUCGAUGCAAAGACACAAAAGAUAGUGAUGAGCUUGGGUGAGAAAAUGGUUCCCGGAGAGGAUCAAGCUCAUUUCUGCAAGCCAACUGAUGUGGCAGUGGCUAAGAAUGGUCAUAUCUUUGUGGCCGAUGGGUACUGUAACAGCCGUAUUCUCAAGUUUGACGCCAAGGGAAAUCUGAUGGCUCAGAUCAAUGCAGCUACUGAAGAAAACCAACCAUCUGAAUUCGUCGUUCCACACUCUUUGUCUCUCAUUGAGGAUAUGAAUAUUGUCUGCGUUGCUGACAGAGAAAACCAGCGUGUUCAAUGCUUCUCAGCUGGUCUUUCGGAGGGAGAUCGUACACUUCCAACAGGAAUUCCAAUAACUUCGGCCACCGACAUUGGCCGUGUGUUCGCAAUUCGAGAGCGUGAGCACUAUCUGAUUGGUGUGACGGGUAACAGUGAAGACGUUGAAGCACAAAUGUUCUCAAUUGAUAUGCAAACUGGAAAGACUGAGACAUUCGCAAAAGGAGUUCGUAAUACUCAUGCACUUGCAAUUGCUGCCGACGGAGUCAUGUUCGUGUCACAGUUGGAGCCAAGCAGAAUUCUUGAGAUCAGACUUUUGUAAUCUAAUUUUUGUCAUCAUCGUUGUCGCUGAAAACAAAAGAAGAGAGAAAAAUGAAUUUUUAUUUAAUGUU